AUGUCUUUCAUUGGUGAGAAGCCAUCACCACAAGGCACCUUUUUCAUCGCCGAACCCGGCUUUCCAAGUAUCGUGAUACCAGUAUAUGGUGGCUUAUGGGACCCAGGGAUGAAGCACAAUGCUCUGCGCAUCUUCGGCGAGGUUGUUGAGGCCUCCCUCAAGCGGGGAAGCACUAUUGCGUGCCGGUAA